AUGGAAGCAAAACCCCAAAGCGCACUCAAGACUCUGCUCCCUUGCAACCCAGGAGGCUCGCUCAGGCGUUCUAGUCCUGCAGGCUCAAGAGUGGAGGUGAAGCCGUUGCCUUUUCUCUGGGUCCAAAACGGUGGCUCUGAACAAGUCCCUGGGGGCAGGUCAGCGAGUCCGAUCCCACCAGGCAUUCUCCGACGGUGCUGUGCCUGCAAACCGCUCGCCGUCCCCCCACCCACCCCACCCCACACACCCUCCCCAGGAGCCUUGCUACACCUGGGUCUGCACGUACCUCUCCCGCGGCGCCGCAGCCCGGGCCCCUGCUCGCCGGCCUCAUGGGAGAGCCUGAGAGAGGUGGCAGGGGUGACUGCUGCCCCUGAACUACGUGAGCGUCGGAGUGUCCCGGAGGUAGGGCCUGGGCUUAGUUCCCGGAGACGACCGGGGAGGAGGAGUCAAAGUUAUCACACCAGGGCGGGACCUGGCGCCGUGACAGCCCGGGCGGGAGCGGCGCCUCAAGAGCACCCCCAAGCGGGCUGCCCCGUUCCCGGGCGGAGCUCACCUAAACCCGUCGCCUUCCGAGACCGGAGACCACCCAACGUGUGCCCCUGCCCGUGUGCACCGAAGGGUGACAAGUCUACUCGACUUGAUGGAGUCGGGGCUUGGACGGGGCUCUCUUUGGGAGACUUGGGUUUGGACCACGGAUUCCGCCGCAAGAACCUGGGAUUACCAUCCAGAAGUGUCAAAUCUCGGGUUAGGGAUGUGCCGUGUUGGGACUUGCGACACCUUUUGUCCAGGACAUCUCCCCUGGCCACGUUUCGUGGGCUAGCCCCACGGAGGGAUCUCGGGGGUCCCCUGCAUCCCAGCUCGGGUGCCUGGGAUGUUCCUGCACGUGAAAGCGACCAACUACCCGAGCCCGGUUGGAGGAUCCUUCCACCUGGGAGUCACCGUAAAUGGGACGACAGUGGUGAGGGCCGGGGAACGCCCCCGUGCGCCUCUCGCCGCAGAUUUCCAGGCCCCGCACCUCGAGCUCGAAGCUUGGGGAGGAACGCGGAACUCGGCCAACGAGCACUCCCGGGACCUGAGUGGCCGGCCAAUAGCCACACUUGCGGGAGAGCAGCCAUCCGCCACGUGAUCUGCAGCGUGUGGCGAGAGACACCGCUGGAGUCCUGGAUCUGGGAAGCGGGUCGCAGUUUCAUCAGGCGCCCGGGGGUGGGGGGUGGGGGAGGCGACGACCCUAGCCUAGGGAUGGAGGCGAUUUCCCACCUUAGAAGGUUUGGCUGGAGGGACACUGACUGAGGAGCAUCGGCUGGCUGCCGCGUGCAAAGCUCUCCCCCCCCCCCCCCUGCCAGUAAAGUUCUAAUCAGAUCUUGAGUCCCAGGUGUAGAAGGCAGUGUUGUCUUUCCGUUGGCCUGGCCCUAGCCUUUCUAGGACAAUAGCCCGCAGGGUUCACAGAUGGCUGUGACCUCCGCAGAAUGCCCAAAAGCAAGAGUUCUCCAUGCCUUCCCCUGUCCACUUCCGAUAUUAUCUGCAUCUUAGGCAGUAGUGUCCCAAGCAUUCACUGACUCUUGCUUUGUGGCUCUCACUCUAGCAAAUCUAGGGAUGUUUGGGGGCAGAACACCACCCAGGACGCUCACAGUCCUGCAGACUGAGGACUAGAGAGGUGGAUAUAUUUAGGAGACUGCCUGAAUUGGGUUUGAUUAGUAGCGAGCUGCUUGUUCCCGGCUUCUGUUUUUGUUGUUGUGUUUAUGCCCCUGGGGCUCUGCAGGACAGUGACUUUAGGAACCAAUGACUCCUCUUUCUCCUGGGAAAUCUGUUGACCUUAGCUGCCACUUGAGGUAGGUUCAUAUUUUUCUAAGGGCAUCCCAGCCCCUGGGCUAGAGAAGUUUGCGUAGGGUUAGGGUAUGCCAGCCAUAUCUUGUAACAGUUAGGGACUGAGGAAUGCUGGGAGAACCUGGUGGCCAGGUCCAUUUUGAUAUAUUAAACAGGCACCUGUUAUCCAUUUGUGUUGGGUUUGGGACCUAGCACUUAGAGAUCUGCCUGCCUCUGCCUCUCGAGUACUGGAAUUAAAGUUCGAGUACUGGAAUUAAAGAGUACUGGUGCGCACGGCACCACCCAUGCCCAGCUGACUUAAAAAGUUCUCUGAGAACAACAGACACAAGAAGGUCAUUAUGACCAUUAACUCAUAUUGGAUGCAUUGACUUGCAUAUUGGACUUAUGGAAACUCGUUGUUUAAUGUGAUUUUGGGGGUUUCUACUCUAAGGGAUACAGGAGCAGCUUUCAAUAUAAGUGGGUAUGCAAGCCUAAAAUACUCCUGGGUUACAAUGAUCUAAUACAAGUCUAAAGCUCUAAUGGGGAGCUUCCCCAGCCCAAGUCUCAGGAGCCAUUUCUUUCUUUUUGGAUGGGCUGUUGCCGACCUGAAAUCCCAGCAUUAGCUUUAAACUGAAGUUGAAUUAAGCCAAGUGCUGGCUACAAUCCCAAAUGAAGUGAGUGUGCUACUGGAGCGAGCAAAGAUAGAGCCAGUAAGUAUUGCAAAAUAUGUGCAGGCGAAGGGUGAUCGGAUCCUAGCUGGGAAGAAGUUGGGACAAGCAAAUAUAACUGUGCGGCACAAGGGUUUGGAAUCAUCUUUCUCACAUAGAUCUAGGAAACCGUGGGUAAUAAUUUCCCCUGCGGUUCAGAUGACUAUUUAAAAUCAGGAGAGCAGGCUAAACUUAGCUGUGGGACACCACAGUCUUGGUAGGCAGGAGUGUGGCGUCUAGGGGCUUGUACAGGGCAGUCUUUUUCUACAACUAGAAUAGAGCUAACAGAAGCACAGUAUCUGGGGGACCCGAGGCAGAGGACAACCCUAGAGCCUGCGAGCUGGCAGGAUCAUGCCCUUUCUUUCAUUGUUUGGCAAGGAACAGGAAAGAAAGGGAACAUGGAAAUGUUGAACCCCUUAGUCAGGCACACCCAGUUCCAUCUUAUAAUAUCUGGCAUUGGAUUGGUCUUAGUUUCACUUAUUACUAAACACCCCCUCCCAGAAAAAUAAACCAAAAGGUUUAGCAGGGGCUAAGCAUAGAAAUGACACCCCCCAAGACUGUCAGUAGUAAGAGUGUCUUCUUCCUUGUCCUGGGCACCUGGCUGCUUAAUUCAGCAUAUGAGUAGCUGUCCUGAAAACAUUCUCAAUAAAAUACUUGAAAACUGAAUUCAAGCACACAUCAAAAGGACCAUUCACCAUGAUCGAACCCACUUCAUUCCAAAGAUUCAUGGAUGAUUAAGCAUUUGCAAAUCAAUAAAUUUGCAUUGUAUACAUUACAGAAGAGAUGGGGGGGAAAUCACAUGACCAUCUCAACAGACAAAGAAAAAAGCUUUUAACAAACUCCAACCUUACCUGAUUCAAAGAGUCUUGCAGAAACUAGAAGUAGAAGGAAUGAUCAAGGCCAUAUGUGACAGACCUCUGACCAACCAGAUGGAGAAAAGCUCAGAUCAUUUUCACAGAAAUCAGGAACAGGUCAGGGGUGUCCUCUUUCUCUACUAAUUAGUCUAGCAUUUAUAAUCUCAGCUAGAGCAGUAAGAAAAGAGAAGGAAACAAAGAUGCACACCAGAAAAGAAGGAGUUUAACCAUCCCUGCUAUAUGAGAUGGGAAAGCCUCCACCUGAAAACUUCUACCGCGAUAAACACGCUUAGCAAAGCAGCAGGACGCAAUAUUAAAGCAUAAAAAACUAGUAGCCUUCCUCUACUCUAUACCAAUAACCAACACGUUGAAAAAGAAACCGGGCAAAUAAUCCUAUUAACAGUUACCUCAAAAGAAAGGGAAUAAAAAGUACCUCGUAAUACACCCAACUAAGGAAAUGAAAAGACCGCUAUAAUAAAAAAAAUCUUAAAUUGCUGAAGAAAAUUGAAGACAUAUAGAAGAUAGAAACCUCUCUCAUACUCAUGAAUUAGAAAAAUAAAUAUAAAAAUAGCUAUCCAACCAAAAGCCAUCUCUAUAUUCAGUGCGAUUCCCAUCAAAAUUUCAACGUCAUUCUUCAUAGAAACUGAAACAAACAAAGAAAAUCCCCAAAUUCAUGCUGAGGCACAGAUUCCCAGAUAGCAAAAGCAACCCGAGGGGGGAAAGGCAAAUGCUUCAUCUCUUUCUCUCUCUCUCUCAUUUGUAGAUCUUAAAUUUUAUAUAGGGACAUGAAUCAAGUAGUUAUACUUGACAUAAAAGUAGAAUUGAAGUUGU